AUGACAAGACCAGAAUUUGAUGAUAAAAUCAACCCAGUAUCAUUAAAAGAUACAAACCUUUUCAAACCAUUCAAAUUAGGCAACUUAGACCUAAAACAUCGUUUAGUGUUAGCACCAUUGACAAGAUUAAGAGCUGAUCCUGAUACUUUUGUCCCAAAUGUUGAAUUAAGUACUGAGUAUUAUAGUCAAAGAUCCCAAACACCUGGAAGUUUGCUCAUCACAGAAGCUACUAUAUACUCAUAUGAAGCUGGGGGUUAUUUUGAUGGUAAACCAGGGAUUUGGAACCAGGAACAAAUUGAAGCAUGGUCAAAAAUCUUUGAUAAAAUUCAUUCAAAUGGUUCUUUUGUUAUCCAACAGUUAUUUCAUUUAGGUAGACAAGCUAUUCCUGAUAAAGUUGCUGAAAAGGGGAUUACUUAUAGAGCUCCAACUUCUGGAAUUUAUAUCAAUGAUGGUUCAUAUCCUUAUGAAGAAAAAGCUAAAGAGUUUAAUACACCUUUGACCGAGUUCACUACUGCUGAAGUUGAAGAGGAAGUUAAAAAAUUUGUUCAAGGUGGUAUAAACAGUAUCAAGGCAGGUGCUGAUGGUGUUCAAAUCCAUGCUGCUAAUGGAUACUUAUUAAAUCAAUUCCUAGACCAAGAGACCAAUAAAAGAACUGAUAAAUAUGGUGGUUCUUUAGAAAAUAGAUCAAGAUUUGUCUUGGAAAUUGUUGAUGGAUUAAUCGAAGCUAUUGGUGCUGAAAAAGUCUCUGUAAGAUUAUCACCAUGGUCCCAAUAUGGUGAUUUUAAAGGUAUCCAAAAAGAUCCUGAAUUAUUAGCACAAUAUGCACAUAUCGUUGGUGAAUUAGAGAAAAGAAGAUUAGAUGGUAAAAGUAUUCAGUUCAUUGAUCUUGUUGAACCAAGAAUCCAUGGUAAUAAAGUUAAUGAAGAGUCUGGUGUUUCAAAAGAUAGUCAUGGUAAUAGAUUCAUUUAUGAUAUUUGGAAAGGACCAAUUGUUAGAGCUGGUAAUUAUAUUCAAGAGGUUGAAACUUUGAAAAAAGAUGUUGAUCAUGAUGAUAGAACAUUGAUUGCAGUGGGAAGACAUUUUGUUUCAAAUCCUGAUUUAGUGGAAAGAUUAGAAAAGGGAUAUCCUUUGACAAAGUAUGAUCGUGAUACUUUUUAUACUAGUGGUGAAACUGGUUAUACUGAUUAUCCAAAUUAUUCAGCUUGA